CAGAUAGCACCCAGCCCAGGCAUCUAGGAUUAUGGAAAGACGUCGCCCGCGCCAGAGACUGCCCGGUCCCCGGUUACCGUGACCCAGAGCUGCAUAGUGCUGAUCGUACAACUGAGCGCCCGAGGCUGGGGCGAACUGAGCUGGUGGCUAGCUGGAUGCUGUUGCGCGCUCUUCGCUCUCCAGGUCGCCCGGCCAGGCCACACCAACGCUAACCAGCGCUAACUGGUGUAGUGGUGCGGCCGCGCCACUUCGCAGGUCCAUUCGUCGACACACGCCAGACACAUGAAAGCUAGCUGCUAGCAUUUUGCCUGCGUGACCUCUUCAGGACUAGUUGACUGUUUACAUACGUGUACACCCUUCACGUAAUGCAGGCUGUACAUGACGCCCUACCCAACCGUAGGCCGUAGCUGCGUACAGCGAGAUGAAGCCAUGCCUAGCACCCGCUGAUGCCUGCAUGGUUGACUCCACAGGGCGUAGGCCGAUGGUGGGCUGUGUCCUUCGCGCCAAUGCGUGACGGUGCGUGCCGAUCCGUGUCAACCUGCCCAUGCAGGAGUAAGGCUUUUCCCAGACCCCGGCGCACGGGCAGGAUAAGCCUAUUUUCACAACCUGCUACCCUCACUGCAGCUUCAUCGAAACCCCUUACCGCCUUUGCCGCUAAACCACCUCGUCGACAAACAUCCACGCCUGCGCGCCUUUGGCGCAGGCGAUCGUCAUCUUGCCGGCUGCCAUCACACUAGAGCUCUGCUAUAUAACCUGAAGCAGAUUAGCGAGAAUGGGCAAGAACGAUUUCUUGACCCCCAAGGCGAUUGCCAACCGAAUUAAGUCCAAAGGCCUCCAGAAGCUGCGCUGGUACUGCCAGCUGUGCCAGAAGCAAUGUCGCGAUGAGAACGGCUUCAAGUGCCAUCAAACCAGCGAGGGCCACCGGCGGCAAAUGGAGCUGUUUGGAAUGAGCGCGGGCCGUGUGGUGGCGGGCUACUCGGAGGAGUUUGAAAGCAUGUUCAUGGAGCACCUGCGGCGCGCGCAUCCAUUCUCCCGCGUGCUGGCCAAGAACGUGUACAACGAGUACAUCACCGACCGCCACCACGUGCACAUGAACGCCACGCGCUGGCUCACACUCACAGAGUUCGUCAAGUACCUGGGCAAGAGCGGCCAGUGCAAGGUGGAGGAGACGGAGAAGGGCUGGUACAUCACACUCAUACACAAGGACCCCAAGAUGCAGCUGGAGGAGGAGCGGCGCAACAAGCGCACCGAGGCGGAGCGGGAGGACGAGGAGCGGCACAUGGCCCAGCUGCAGGAGCAGAUUGAGCGCGCCAAGCGGGCCCGGCUUGAGAAGGGCGAGCCGCUGAGUGAGGAGGAGGAGGCGGACGAGGAGGCGCACGUGCUGCAGCGCGACGAGAACGAGGCGCCCAUUGCAAUCAGCCUGGCGGCGCCCAGGCCGCUGGCGCUGGCGGCCGCAGCCGGCGGGGCAGGCCCGUCCGUGUCCGGGCCAGUGGGGCCAGGGCCCAGCAGCACCGCCCCGGGGCUGGCGCGCGCCGCCGCCCGUGCACCGUCAGCGGCUGUCGCGGCAGCGGGCGCUACGGCAAGCGUGUUCGGCGACGAUGACGAGGACGCGGCGGCUGUUGCCGCGGCCGCCGCCGCCGCAUCCAAGCAGCGCAGUAAGCUGGAUGAGCUGAUGCAAUCGGAGCUGAGGGCCAAGAGCAACGCGGCGGCGUCAGACAGCGGCCGGAGACUGGACCACUGGCUGCACAGCGGCAUUGUGGUCAAGGUGAUGGCCAAGGAGCUCAAGGAGCACGGCUACUACAAACAGAAGGGUGUGGUGGAGCGUGUGAUCGACCGCUACCUGGGGGAGGUGGCCAUGCUGGGCGACGGCACGGUGGUGCGGGUGGACCAGGCGCACCUGGAGACAGUCAUUCCGGCACCGGGGGGAGCUGUGCUGGUGGUGAACGGCCAGCACCGCGGAUGCAGGGGCACGCUGCUGUCCAUCAACGAGUCCAAGUACCAGGCCCAGGUGCGGCUGGGCGAGGGGCCGGGACGCGGCAAGGAGGUGUGGCUGGAGUACGAGGACGUGUGCAAGCUGGACCAGGAGGUGGCGGGCGGCAGGUAGCUGUAGGUGAGGGGCCGGUGCCGAGCGAGGAUGGGGGCGGGAAGGAGGGGGUAAACUCUGAACCAAUCCCGGGAAGGAGGGGGGAAGGAGUGACAUAUCUGCAUAUGGCGACAGUCCAUCAUUGCUUGACAUCCAAGGCUUGUAAGUUGGACCUUUUGGCAGUCGCGAACUCGGGUGGUGAAAGCUUAUAAACCGACUUGCCGGCGAGAAGGCGGUCACGGCGUGCCUCAGAGCAUGGCCGCACGGCAUGUCCGACUGACUCGCAGUGAACGAAACCCCUACUUGAGGUGUUGGUUGUAACACCUGCACGAG